CGGGGAGGGGACAGGGAGCCGGGGCGCGGGCGGGCGCUCGCGUCUGCGCCGUGACGGCCCGCGGGUGCCCGGCAGGAUGUACACGCUGCUGUCGGGCCUGUACAAGUACAUGUUCCAGAAGGACGAGUAUUGCAUCCUGAUCCUGGGCCUGGACAAUGCCGGGAAGACGACCUUCCUGGAGCAGUCGAAAACCCGGUUUAACAAGAACUACAAGGGAAUGAGCCUGACCAAAAUCACCACCACCGUGGGUCUAAACAUCGGCACUGUGGACGUGGGAAAGGCUCGUCUCAUGUUUUGGGACUUAGGGGGGCAGGAAGAACUGCAGUCUUUGUGGGACAAGUACUAUGCAGAGUGCCACGGUGUUAUCUACGUCAUCGACUCCACCGAUGAGGAGAGGCUGUCAGAGUCCAAGCAAGCAUUUGAGAAGGUGGUCACAAGCGAGGCACUGGACGGUGUCCCCAUCCUGGUGUUGGCCAACAAGCAGGAUGUGGAGACUUGCCUCUCCAUCCCUGACAUCAAGACUGCAUUCAGUGACUGCACCUGCAAGAUCGGCAGGCGAGACUGCCUGACCCAGGCCUGCUCCGCCCUCACGGGCAAAGGGGUGCGUGAGGGCAUCGAGUGGAUGGUGAAGUGUGUUGUGCGGAAUGUCCACCGGCCACCGCGUCAGAGGGACAUCACGUAAGCGCGCCACCCAGCUGCCCUGGACGGCUCAUCCCUGGUGCUGGGGGAAUGUGCGCCCUGCUGGCUCCUGCGCCACCAAGCCUGGGGCUGGGUUUGCUUUGCCCUUUGGUUUUUUACUUGCUUUGUGUUUUCUCUAAGACAAACUUUUAUCUGUAUCUGGAAAAGUGUUGGCACCCAGAGGCUUCUGCCAGGACAGCUGGGCCAGCCACUCUGCACAGGGACCUGCCCAACUCCAGGUCUGCCCCGGGGGCCAGUCUUAAAGUAGGCCCUGAAGGGGACCUGGCUGGAAAUGGGGAUUUCCAGAGUGUCGAAGCUUCAGCUCUUGGAGCUGCCCUGUCCAGCUUGCCAACAGAGGCUGGUGUGACCUUGGCUGGCCUCUGUCUCCUGUGAUCUUAGUGGUCUCCCCCCCUUGAAGAGCUGGCCUGUGUCCCCAAAGAUGGGGGGCCUGGGUUCUGAUGCAGCCUUGGGACAGGGCUAGGGAGCCCUACCCAUGCCCCCACGUGCACACACUGGCCCAAUAGCACCUCGUUUUAAUCCCCAAGGGAGGGGUAACUGACAUGGAGGUUGUACCAGGGUGGGUGUUUUAUUUUAACCCCUCACCCCCAGGCAGAUUGGGGGGUGGUUAUGGGGACAGAGCCAGCUCAGGCCAUGCCCUGGGCACCACUGGAAGGGCCUGGGCAUGGGGUGUAGGGGAAGACAGGCUGGGUCCCCAUGGGGCUCGUGUCAGUGACGUGCUGCUGGGCCUGCAUUCCCAGCUGGGUGGUGAGGGGUGGGGUCCCCAGAGGUGCCCUAGCCCUCCCCCCAACCCCACGCCCUUGGUGUAUGGGGACAAGGCAUCCAGAACACCCUUUCCAGGGAGCAGAGGCCCUUCCCUUUGCUCCCACUGGACCUGGCAGCACCCAGGUCCUCGCCAAGUACUCUGCCUGUAGUGGCCAUGGGUGGGGGGCCGCCUGUGUCAGGUGGUGGCUAGGGUGAGUGUGGGAAAAAUAAAGACCACCUGAGUGGCUCCAGUCCA